UCAUUGUCGGUCACGCCAUGUGGAUUGCCAUCUACUCGUUAUCAGUAAUGACUAUAUGCCGUUUCUGCGGGCUACCUCCACAGUGAAUGACGUCACGAAGAACAUUAAUUGGAUAUCUUUACAUCGGACUAAUGGUACAGGGAUGUCAUCAUGGCCCUAUAAAUAUUGAGCGGGGUGAGCUUUACUGAUACGGGUUACGAUAAUUCUAGGGCACACGCCACUAAUUUGAGGACUGUGCUCUCCGUCAUUCGACGUCUUUGCCGCUUCCCCCUGCACGCAAUUGCGGUUCAGUUUCCUCCUCGAUGACAAUACUUGUGAUUCACAGACGCGAAAUUGGAUAUUCUUGUUAAGAGUUCCCUGGUCCUCCGUCGUAAUGAGCCUUUAGCUAUCCGUUUAUGAAAGAUAAUCCGUACAAUAUGGGUAUCUGGUUAUCAAGAAGCUAAUUGUCAGUGCCCUUACGUUGCAUACUUUAACCUACCUUAAGAGUGAUACACGAAACCAAUACGGGCUACAGAAGUCAUUUAAUUUCGUCAUCGUAAUUGCAUACAUGUACUGCCUGCUCUCAGGAAAAUAAUUCUCACGAAGGAAGAUUUCGUGACGACCACAGCCACUGAUUACACCCACCAGAAACCUCAUUGGCAAAGGAAAGGAUGGAAAGAAAUAUCUUGUUUCCAAGGGCCAUCGAUUGAAUCCUUUUUAAGGACGCAGCGAGCGUUUUAAAAGUACAUAAUCUCGGGACAGUACGCUCACGCCAAACAAGGCAACGAGGGGAACGAGUUUGCACGUCCGUCCGUGCCUGAGCUGCCCGAAGUCGUAUGAUCGUUUGUGUUUUUGGUGUCAGGAUGGCGAAGAGGCGACUUUAAGGAUUUGAGGACUCAACGACGAGGUGCGUCGGAACCCGGUGUGGUCUUGUAUCCCUGAUGUGAGUGCUGUCCGUUCAAAAUCCAACACUUACACACAAUGGUUUUAACUCAACCAUGACCUCACAGAGAAGAUAUCCAGCUGACCCGCCUUCAGGGAGAAGGAAAAUCUCUACUUGUAUUUUCAUGGCCAGUCUUGCUGUGGUCGACUCCGGGGUUCUAUUAGACUUGUUGGCAUAUAUCGUCUUCAUUGAGUGGAAUGUCGGCGAAGGAGUUAUAAACAGAGUUAUGGUGCAUAGGGUGACGUACUAUCUGGUUGAGUUUCUCGGCCAGCUUUCCGGCUGGAUCCUCGCGGGAAUGACCAUUGAUAGAUUCAUUGCCAUUCGGUUCCCUCUGAAGGCUUUUACGUUCUGCACCGUCAAAAGGGCCAGAAAAGUUGUGUUUGGUCUGACUCUGGUCAUUGGGACUGUCAACGCUAACAUUCUGUUCACAUAUCAAGUGAAGAGAGACCCUGUCUUCGGGUUGGAGCGCUUUGUGGAGGACUUCCCUGCUGCACCAGUCGUGGAGAAAAUAGUCUCCUGGUGGGAGCUGAUCGCUGGGACUGUUGUUCCGUUUUUCGUUCUCAUCAUUUUUAAUUGCCUCAUCAUCUGGAAUGUCCGGAGCGCUUCAAAGUUCCAGCGGCAGAUGACUUAUGAUCAAAAAGACAAGAUGCAGGCACUACGGAAAGCCAAGGCAGAGGCUCAUUUGACCAGGAUGUUGCUCCUCGUCUGCAUUGCCUAUCUCGUUUGCUCAGUGCCCGUGAGGAUCUACCUUUUGGAAAACACGGGGUCCUUCAAUUACCAGGACCCAGAAUGGUUCAUCCAAUUCAAUGUUGGGUACUGGUAUGGGUGUAUCGGCUGGUAUAUGAAUUAUGCCAUCAAUUUUUACUUGUACUGCAUCGCUGGGGGUCGGAAGUUUCGGCAGGAUGUUUUGGAGAUUUUGUGCUGCGGGCGCAGAAGACAGCUAAAAAGAAAUUCCGAAGGUUUAUCUGAGGAGGGCAGUAUGAAGAUACAUGUAUCUACAAUAGCCUGAUCUAGAGUUCUCUUUUUCCCUUAAAUUUUCGAGUAGGAUCAAUGUAUAGCACGGCCGGGUGAUGAUUGUGAAGUAAUUAUUAUAAAUCAAUCAAAAACAAUAUACAUGUACAUGUAUUUGGUAUGAAGGCAUCGUGACGUCUGACAUUCGGACAACGUUGAUGGUAUUGUAUCUCAUGCUUCAGCUGCUUCACUGAACCUUUCGAACAGUAUGGGCCCGGCGUCUUCAAAGGUCAUUUAUUGCUGGUACCGUAUUCUCUAGUUUCAUUUUAAAUUGUUGAGGACUGUUCAUAAUUUUUCGGGCUCCGCGCUACGGAGAAUGUCCGUUUAAACUUGAUUUUGGUGCAGAGAUGCCCGUCAUAUUUAUUUGGCUCAGACGUCAUGACAGUUCAAUCCCUCCUGGUCAACAAGGAGAGCAGUGUAAUAACUUGUUCUUAUUGUUUAUAAGUUUUAAUAAUAUCAUUUUAAAAGAGUGUCGACAUUUGCUUGGUCUUUGUUUAAUUCACUUCAAAAAUCGGACGGCUUUCGAGUGAAAGAUCUGUGGAAAUUGGGUACAGCGAGAAAUAAGGUAUACCUGGUUUCGUUAGAUUUCACUAGCAAGCAACGGAAGCAGCGUUCGUCGGAUCGCGAAUCGCAGCCUCAAAGCAAUAUACCGGGUAUAAUUAACUACACAUGGAAACUGACCAGGAAGAUGAUAUGUAAUUUGAAUCUAUCCGCCUGCUCAUCACUGUAGUAACAAACUAAAUGCUAAUCACUGAGUGAAUUUAGCGUGUAAUGUGAGAUGGGUUUGACAUGACUUGCAAAUCUUAGAUUUUUGACAAAUGUACAGUUACAUUCCGUUUUGGUGAGAUCUUUUUGAUGAUAUGUCAAUAAUUCUCUCAGCUCCUUGAGAAGUCACGGUCCUACUUGAAGCUAUUUUGCAUGAAAAACCUGUCUCAUGCCAAAGAUGUCCCUUCAAAAAAGAAUGUUUUAGCUGAUUUUCUGGUUAGAAGGGCCAUUUUGAAAAAGGGUUUGGAAUCGUCUGGUCCAACCCCUUGGACCCGCGCCUGAUAAACGUACAUGGACGAAUAAUAACAAGAAAUUUUUUUGAAAAAACACGAAAAGAUUAGAUUCGCCGGUGUUCGAACCCGUGACCAUCCAAUCCACAGUGCAACCCUCAAACCGCUGAGGCCAUCAAGACCUAAUGUUAGCCCGGGAUUUUCUUUGUCUCUCAUACUGCAACCUUACAGGCCUUAGGGAACGUUAUCCCUCUAUUAUCAUUCAAAUCGUCGCCAUAUUGAAAAAGCGCCAUGAUUGUGACGAGGUCACACUUGCGGAAGAGUAAUUCGGUGCAAAUAGUUCCAAGAAAUCGUAUAAUUCAAUAUUUCUACAGAUUUUUCUUGAUAUAUCGUAUUUAUAUAGCUCGGUGAUAUUAAAGAUAAUGUUCGUAGUUGUUUUUGAUGUUUGAAUGGCUUUCUGAAAAAUGUUUUUAGCAGCGAGGUCAACAGGGUCAAAAGAAAUAGUUUUCGGCGCCAAUGACGUCAGCAAUGGCGGAUUUGUAAUAAGAUUCGAGUCGAUUCUCUUGGAAUCGAGUUGAAGUCGGAAGUGCGCAUGCACAGGGUAAUCGUAUUUAUACAGCUCCGUGCCCGUAAUUUGAAGGGACAAUUUGGGUGCAGGAUAAAGGCCGACCGGGAAGCAUCUGGUGCCGAAUGUCACUUGGUUGGGAUGAAAAUAGUGCUGAGUUUUUUUUCUGAGAGCUGGCUGUGCCUUUGUCUUCAUUAGACUAGUCGCAUAACUGUCGGUAAUGAAAACUAUUAAGAUU